GCCCUCUCCUCACACCUCUCUCCAGCAGGCGCUUGCAUCCGCCCGCAGUUUGACAGCUAGUGGGUGCAGGCGGCCGGGGGCUGGACGAGGGCCCCCCGAGGUGCCGAGGCUGAGACGCUGGCUGGCUCUGUGCCGCGUGCCAGCAGCGCCCCUGGCUCUCACCCGCCCGUGCGUCCUGCCCAAUCGCUGGCUCGGCCGCCGCCGCCCCAGGUCCCCGGGGGCAGAGCAGCCUCUGCCGCUGUCCUGGGAACCUGCCGCGGCUGCGCUGACGGCGUGCCCUGCUAAUGGCUGAGCCGCUGGGCUGCUCAGUGUGGCUGUAGCGGACGGACGCACUGCCGAACGGAGCUAGCGACGUGCCCGGAGCCCCGAAGCCCUCAGCCGCCGCCUCCUAGCGCGCUGCGCCCAGCCCAGCCCAGCCCAGCCCAGCCCAGCCUAGCUCAGGCCGGGCCAGGCCAGGCCAGUCUUGGCCGCGGCAGCCUCUCCUCUUCUCGCCUCGCCUCGCCACGCCGUGCCCCCCGCCAUGGUGUCCUGGAUCAUCUCCAGGCUGGUGGUGCUCCUAUUUGGCACUCUCUAUCCUGCAUAUUAUUCUUACAAGGCAGUAAAGUCAAAGGACAUUAAAGAAUACGUAAAAUGGAUGAUGUACUGGAUUAUAUUUGCACUUUUUACAACAGCAGAGACAUUCACGGAUAUCUUUCUUUGCUGGUUCCCCUUCUAUUAUGAACUAAAAAUAGCCUUCGUGGCCUGGUUGCUGUCUCCUUACACAAAGGGCUCCAGCCUCCUCUACAGGAAGUUUGUGCAUCCUACGCUAUCAUCAAAAGAAAAGGAAAUUGAUGACUGCCUGGUCCAAGCCAAAGACCGGAGCUAUGAUGCCCUUGUGCACUUUGGGAAGCGGGGGCUGAACGUCGCAGCCACGGCAGCGGUGAUGGCUGCUUCCAAGGGACAAGGUGCCUUAUCUGAAAGGCUCAGAAGCUUCAGCAUGCAAGACCUCAGUACCAUCCGCGGCGAUGGGGCCCCUGUCCCCUCUGGAUCACCUCCCUCAGCAACUGUGCGGACCAGCAGCAAACACAGCCAGCCCAAGAUGUCCAGAAGUGCAUCAGAAAGUGCUGGAAGUUCAGUGUGUACCUGCUGCUCCUCAUGCAGGACUCGGAAAGUGGUUGAGGGAGAGGUCAAUGAGGGGGGUGUGAAGUUGUGGAAGCCAAGCCCACACCGGGACAAGGACCCAUUGGUAUUUUCCGACGAAGAAGAGGAGGACCUGAUGGAUUACAUGUACAAGUUUAAAGCUCCCCGGAAGACGGAGAUACCUCUGGAGGCACCGCCUAGGAUCCUUCGAUCUCGCUUCAGGAAGAAAUGUACCUCAUCCCCUGCCACUGAAACCAUAUGAGUGAGGAGCCAACAGCACCGGGAUCCACAGCACGCCUCUUCUCUGCCUUAAAGAGCUAUUCACUUAAUAACAUAGAAAUCUGGGAGCUGGGUGUGCUUUGAGUGGGCAGCAUUGUAGUCAUGGCCUCUCUCUCUCUCUCUCUCUCUCUCUCUCUCUCUCUCUCUCUCUCUCUGUUUCUCUCUCUUUCUCUUCUUCCUCUUUUUAAAAAAUUAAUUUUCAUGGGAGAAGGGGCUCAGGGUGGGCUGGUAGAGGGUGGCCUCCAAGUCCCCUGAGACUGGCAGUAUUCACAGCUCAGUAGUCAUCAACAUGAGAGAAAAGCAUCAUUGCAGAAGUCGUCUCUGCUGUGUUUCUGAAAUACAGAAAUGUUUGGGGUAUAAGUUUGCAAUUGAUCAGUUAGUUGUUUACCUAGUUUUUAUUCCCAUAAAUGCAAGUGAUAGCAAUUAAAACAAUAUAUCCCUCCCUCUUGAUAAGAAUACUUUGGAUCAUCACGUAUUUUAUAUUUUGUGGCAUUUCCGAAUUAAAAGAGAUAGACUUGCAGGGGCCAGCAAUGGCUUAAAGUUAUGUAUAGAGACUGAA